AGACAGUACAGCGUCUUAGGUUUGUUUUCGAUGCUGCCUGGCCGACCACUAGUGCACUACGGUCGCUUCGUGAACUGGUGGAUACUUUCAGACGAGGAGGCCUCUUAUCUGUUGUGACUUCGUUCGUUCAUCGAAGGGAGUUCUGCCUUCAUUUUGUGGUCGGCUUUCUUGUAGCCGCUUUGGAGCGUCCCGCAGUAAUUCCUCCGCGGCAGGUUCUGUCGACACGAACUGAAGGACUGUGGCGGUGACACCUGAUAAAAUAAAAUUAAUUGCGAAGUUUGUGGCUGCUUUACCGCUAUGGCUGGUUGACACUUCAACUGGAGUUCAAGUCUUCGGUUCGAAGCUGAGCUGAACUGAGCACAUACAGCCAUGUCUAAGCUGGCAGUGGAGGUGAUCGAUCGCCCGGUGUGUGUGAUAGAUGUCAUUGGAGAUGAAGGCGUGGGAAAGUCUACGCUCGUGCGCGAGUGGAAGAAGUCCUCUGUUUUCAAGGAGCUGCAGCGGGUCAUGGAAGUGUAUACGCGAGAGUACCGCACCGCGGAGUGGAGUGCCUCGGUGCCAAGCAAGCCAAGUAAAUUCUAUUUCCACGGCUUCUUCCUGGUUUACGACAACACAACUGCGGAGACAUUACAGAAUAUUUUGGUGUUCACAAAGAGCUUCCUGGGACAGCUGUCUAAGGGCCAAAGGCUGAAGCAACCGCCUGUGAUGUUUUUAAUCGCCAACAAGGAUGACCUGGAGGAGCAGGAGUUUAUGCUGGAUGACACUGGCAACCUAGAGGCACACAUGAAGGCAGGUGGCAUAUGUCGGUGGGAAUGCACCUGCGCCACUCAGGGAAGAAACACCGAGUUCCCGUUUGUGAGGCUCAUCUUCCAGAUGCUGGGAAUUGGCUGGAUCAGGAAGAUGGGCAAGGAAGCAUGCUAUCUCGGCUGCUUGAACUUGGUGAAAAUCCUCAUCCAUCAUCUGGACGAGGAAGAGCUUUCCAGCGGUGGUUAUGCUGUAGAAGCCUUCCGUGGUGUGUCUGACAAGCAACAGCAGAAGCUGAACCUUGAAGAAGGCGGUGGAAUCCCUCGCCUCAAUUCCCUGCCAAAUGUCAAGCAGCGCAAGAUGGGCACGGUCAACAGCCCGUUGCGCUCUGUUGAUCCACUACUGGCGUCGCCGCUUGUUAAACGUAGUGGUUCAAUGUCAACACUGUCCCAACAGGACACACUUCCAGAGCAGACGGUAUCAGACAGCAUGGAUGUGCUCACCUACCUGUUCUCGCUCAACAAACUGUCAAUGAUGCGCCGCAUCGCCACCGAAGGAUCUUACAACGCCGAUCUGCUGGGCAAGAUCCUGCGCCAGUACUACCCAAUGCGCAGCAACGGGGAGCUGAAGUGGCGCCGCCUGAACCUGCACAUCUUGCACGGGCCCUGGCUGGCACACUUUGUCGGCGUCACCGAGGUCAAUUUGGCUCAUAACAAACUGAAAUCGCUGCCAGUGGAGCUCUUUCAGAUGAAGACAGUGAAAACGAUCCUUGUCUACGACAACUUGCUCUCUUCCUUGCCGGAUGCCAAGGAGUGGCAGUGUGACAGUCUGUCUUCACUGGACCUGUCCCAGAAUCUCCUCAAAGGGUCAGAAGGUGGAUCUCUUCUAAACAAAUUACCUGGAGCAUCCUCAGCCGCAGCAUCCUACUUUACUCGCAAGCUCAGUCCAGCCAUACAGGCCAAGCGAAGAUCGUCUGGGGGACUGGCGGUACAGCGGUUGUUUCGGGUGAACAUCAGUGCCAAUCCAAUCACCACCAUUCCCCCUUGGAUCCUGGAGCUGCCUGGUCUUGCUGUGCUGGAUAUCCGAUGUCCCAAUCUUCAACGUCUGCCGAAGGAACUCGCCAACUGCCGCUCCUUGCUGACGCUAAAGAUAGACCAAGAUCGGGUUUGCUAUCCGAACAAAAAGAUUCUGGAUGGCGGAGUUCGAGCUAUUCGAGAGCAUCUCUACAGAGAAGUUCACAAGUCUGUGUCUUACUUUCACAUGAACCUGUUCGUCCUGGGCAACGUGGGCACGGGAAAGUCGCGCUUGCUUGCCUGCCUGCAGGACAUCAGCAACCUGAAACUACGGCACGCACCAUCUACGAGUUCUCAGAAAGCCGGUCUGCGCACGUGCCACUUCUCCUUGAAGCCGAAGGGAGCAUCCCAUGAGAUAACCUUCCACGCGGUGGACUUUGCCGGCCAGGAGGUGUUCCACAGCACACACCAGUGCUUCAUGUCGCACCGGGCUGUCUACUUGGCUGUUUGGAAUGCUCAUCAGGGCAAGACUGGUCUGCUGGCGCUGAAGCCAUGGCUGUUGAGCAUCCAGGCCAGGGCUCCCAAAGCGCCCGUCAUUCUAGUGGCAACCCACUGCGAUGAUCAUAGCACGGAGAACAUCACCGCGCUGGAAGACGUUGUGCAGAGUGUCUACCCGUAUCACGAUGGACAGGCAUUGUUGAAUGCUAAAGGCCUACCAGCAAUCGUCGACAGUGUCUACAUGAGCCUUCAUUCAUCAUCACCAAGUAACACUGGUCUUAGCGAACUGCGCAAGCGGAUUUUCAACACGGCUCUGACAGUACGGAGCCCACAAGCCACCAGCAGGGACGACACUUAUCUAAAACAUCAGGUGCCGAGAAGCUAUAUCAUUCUGCAAGACGCGGUUGCUGAAAAGUUAAAGGAGAAGCGCCAUAAGCAGUUGCCAGCCGUCAUGGAGAUCAAUGCAUUUUGGGACAUGGCCAAGAAAGCAAACUGUCAGAUUGAUGACAUCAGUGGCCUCCUAGAGGCCACCAGGUUCCUGCACGAGGCGGGACUGCUCUUGCACUUUGCUGAUGCCCAGGGACAGCUGCCUGACUACAUCUUCAUCGACCCGCAGUGGCUGUACGACACGAUUGCCUGUAUCAUCGAUCUGGACUCGUCGGCGGAUGACGAGUCGCUGCUGAAAAAGCGGCGGAAAGGUGUGCUUCGCUCACGCUGGAUGCCGCGCAUCCUUCGCUGGCGAGCGCCGGCCGAGUGCCACACACUACUGCUCAACGUGCUGGAGAACUUUCACAUCAUCGUUGCUCUGAACAGCGAGCACAGCACAUUCCUGGUUCCUGCACUGUUGCCGGAAAGUGCGCCGAGUGUUGGCACGAUGGGAUUCACUGCAGCGUCCUCCUCGGAGUCGUUCAGCAGUUCAGCGGCUGAGCAAAUACCCAUGAGGUAUCCUCUUUCUGAGGCAUUGGUUCGACAGUAUCAGCUACCCUAUGUGCCUAGCAGCUUCUGGAGCAAGCUCAUCUCCUCUUUGAUCGUGCUCUUCACGGAGAGGAAGGGAACGAUGAUGCCGUCAGCUGCUGUUGACCUGGAGCCUGAGGUUCUGCGUAACUCAGCACCGACACCCUUGCCUGGUGACUUUGUUGAUGGGUCUGCCAAUCCUGCCUCGGCUGCUUCUGCUGCUUCUGCUACUGCUGGUCGUGGCAGUUUAGGCAGGAAAGGAGCAGAAGUGGAGGCUCUUGCCCUGAGGUCACGCUUGUUGACUCGGGUUUCCGAGGCGAAGGAAGACGGUGAUGAGGAUGAGGAUGGUGAUGAUAGCAAUAGCAGUGCUGAAUGUCAUAUAGCCACUGAAGAUGCUGUGCCAGACACGGCGAGCAGUGGAGUUGAGAUUCAUAUCGAACCCAGUGCAACGGGGGGCGGUGAUUCCUCCGGUAACCAACCUCGUCGCAAGCUGGUCGACUGCCAAGACUCCAGCGUUUUCAUGAGCAUUGAUGACACUGCCGACUUGGAAGCCAGUGACGAACCCGAUGGCUCCCUGCUCAAGUUUAAGCUGAAGUCAAUGUUCACGCCAGUCGCUCCCAAGCGCAGGUCCAGCUCUGACAUCUUGGGAACACUCCUGGAUGUGGAUGAUGACUUCAUGCUGCUGGACCUGCCUCCGUCUGACAACAGUGGCGUUGGCCAGUGUGGAUGCUGUAACGAUGAGGGCAACGACGCCACCAGUGACACCAUGUCCAUGCUGGGCAGCAUGCUGGGCAGCAUUGUCAGUCACAGCAUGGCACCAGCUGCUCCUGGGCAACGGCGCAAUGACAUGUUUGCCAGUCCGUACCUGCUGACCCUGCUGAAGUGCAUCAAGGACGAAUCUCGCUACGAUGAGUAUAUCUCCGCUAGUCAGGUACACUUGGUGAUCCGCGCAUGGCAAACGGGCAUUGCUGUCCACAUCAGCCUGCCAGAUUUCUCCUCGCGAAAUCCAUCAGUGGUGGCGGCGGCAGCGGCAAGAAGGUCUUCUCGUGGCAAGACGUUUGUGGAGGUUCGCCUGGAGCAGCUCCCGGGCCACGAGAACAGUGGCUUGCAGAUGGCAGUGUGGGGACAUCAGAAGCUACAGUGCUGUAUGUUGGCUCAGGCAACCUACCUGACUGACAGCAUCUUAGAAGACUGGUUCCCUGGCCUGUUUCGCAAUGUCUAUCGGUGUGUGCCGUGUCCGAGAUGCGUGGCCGAACGCGUAGACUUGACAGAGUCUUACAGAUUCCUACCGAGCCAGACCCACAUGUUUGAUCUUGAUCGGCUGAUGAGCGCUGCAUUCUCGGCGAGCAAGUCGCCGCACUGCCCGUUGCACGGCGCCAUUGAGAUGAAAGCACUGGCGCCGGACGUGCUACUGUGCGACCUGCCCUGCGACCUGCUGCUGGAUGCAGACGACUUUGAUGACAACCUGCGACUGUCCGAUGAAGACAAGCUCGGCGAUGGAGGCUUUGCCCAGGUCUACCGCUCCACAUACCAAGGUCGCCAGGUAGCAGUGAAGGUCUUCACUCCCAAACAGGACAGCCGCACUCUACCGUACCAAGAGCUGAGAACCGAGGUGUCCGCAUUGGAUCAGCUCAAGCAGGAGCAUGUUGUGAAGCUGAUCGGCGUAUGCAUAUCUCCACUAUGUCUGGUACUGGAACUUGCCCCAAUGGGUAGCAUGAGCUCUGUGCUGCGUACCACUCACAAUUACGGUGUGCCACUCAACAUUGCACACAAAGCUCUAUUCCAGGUAGCCAAUGCUCUGGACUACUUGCACAAUCUACGCAUAAUCUACCGGGACCUGAAGCCGCAGAACAUACUCGUCUGGUCCCUGACGCCCGGCCGCGUUCUGGUGAAGCUGGCGGAUUAUGGCAUCGCCACCUUCGCCCUGCCAGCCGGCAUCAAGGAUCCACAGGGCACGAAAGGUUACAUGGCACCGGAAGUGUCGGCCAAGUCACGUGUGCCAUACACGGAGAAAGCCGACAUCUUCUCGUUGGGCCUGGUGAUAUUCGAGGUGGUCACCGGCCGAAAGCCGUACUGGGAGAAGGCAGCAAACUUCAACAUGCAGGCCGCCCAGCUGGCCGGCUACACACCGAGUCUGGCCGACGCCAUCAAGGCCAACAUGCUGGAUGAGCAGAAGGCGACUAUGUCAUCACUACUUGCUGCCUCACCGGAGUCCCAGCUGGUGGAAGGCUACUACGACAGGCCACCGAUGGCGGACAUGCUUGUUCCCAUGGUGAUGCCAGCGUUUGAUGAAGUGGAUAGUUCCAUCACCGAUGAUAGCGUCACGGAGAAGAGAUCCUCCAUAUUUGAGUUCUCAGAGUCGGCGGAUAUGACAAACAGCAGCUUCUCCCCACAGCCACAGGAACAGGCGGUGAAAAUGAUGCGAUGUCCGUCUCUUGAUUCUACCAUGAAACGACCCAUGUCCACACCUUUUCACCGUAGAACUUCAGCACUGACACUAUCCACGCAAGGUCAACGCAAUAUACCACCGCCCUCGUCUUUUCGUCGGACUCACUGGUUCAAUGUUCAUGGCAGAGCGAAAUCACUUGACGAGAGCGGCAGUGUUGCCAGUACAGCCGUGUCCUCCGAGGGCGUUGAAAAGAAACAGAAGAGAAAGAACCCAGUGACGGAUUGCCUCUUGCAUUGCUUUCAAACUCUAGUGGACUCCAGCCUGUACCCGACGCCCGACAAGAGGCCCAGCGCUCAGACCGUUGCGUCUCACAUGUCCGUCUGCUGCUGCUACCCACGACACACACAGAUCCGCAUCUCGCCCGGCCCGGAGCACAAGAUCAUCCUCUGCGCCACCGCCAUCCACGUACCGCUAGUGCAGCCCAGCUCUCCGCAACACUCGCCAUCGGGCUACCAUACAGGCCUGCCCGACAUCACACUGUCUCCCAUCAGUGCGGAUCACCGGGAUACGGAUCUGGCACCCUUCGGUGAAGAAGACGAGAAGGAGCAGAGUGACAGUGAUGGUCAAGGCUAUCCAAUUUACUCUCCCAGUGAUGACCUCUCCCAAGCUAGCUUGGAAGAAAGCGGUGGUGACAUGGUAGAUGGGAGGAUACCCUCGCACCGUCGUCGUCCCAAAGCUUCUCCCAGCAUGCUCCGCCACGACCGGCGAUUGACGCCGGCCGCAGUCCAUCGUGUGAAGCACCCAUCCAAUGCCAGUGUAACGUCGAUGGGAUCCGUAAGGCGACAGGCACUGCUUCGACGACAGGACACGUUCAACGAGUCCAUUAUCUUACCCAACACUGGUAGCCUGUCGCGCCAUGGCUCCCUGAACCAGUCCGACGCCGUAAAAUCACCGACACUGCCAUCCACGUUCUCCCAGUAUGCAUGCGUGUGCUGCGACGACGAAGUCAAGUCCAUUGACUGCUCCAAUGGUGAAACUCAGGCAUGCAUUUGUGCAUUUGACGGUGAUGAGAUAACGGCUGGGUGCUGUACGGCCUGUGAGGAGAUUUGGGUCGGAACAGCUGGUGGUAUUGUACAGGUGCAUUCUCUGCCAAGUCUGAAGAUGAUCGGUCGCAACGCUGUGCCAGCAGCAGUGACGUGCAUGCUGCCGCUACGUCCUAACAGCGGCGUUAGUAUGCUGCCAAUGAGCGAGGUGCUGGUGGGCUCACAAGAUGGAAACCUCGCACGCUUCUUCUCCACCCCAGCGUACGGCCACGCCAUCAGCGGACCGCCGAAGUUCGUCAUCCGUGCAUCUCGCGAUGAUGAUGGCGCCAUCAGAUGCAUCAGCCAUGCAAACUCCCACAAUGAAUUCUGCGUUGUUGUCGGCGAUAAUCUCCUGCUCGUAUUUGAUUGUGUGCAAUGGGAGGAAAAGAUGAGGGCCAUGUUAUACUUCUGCGACAAGAGAAUCCAGCAGAUCGUGAUGAGUGAGCGUGGCCUGUGGCUCUUCGCCGAGCAAUCUCCGGACCUGGUGCUGGUGGACCUCUCCGACGGCUCCGCUCUCAAGCACAUCUGCACGCGUUGUCGACUACUGCAGUCCGUUGAUCUGCCGAUGACCGUGCCCAAUAGCAAGCCAUCAUCGAAGCUCUACACCAAUCACUACUUCCGUGUAGUGUCCAUUGCAGUCACCGACUCGCAUCUGUGGGCGCUGAUGUCUUCCGGCGUCCUCCUUGUCUUCGACAUCAGCCGAGAGACGGCAAGCAAUGUGCCAUGUACGGACUCGCUUGUCACCAUGCGACAAGCGCAUCACGGCCCUGGGUGCCUGCAAACUCUGGACGGGCGCUCUGUGUGCUCCAUCGGUCUGCCGCCCCUGUCCUCAUCCUGGCUGCCCCGCAUCCUACAGGAUUCCGACGACCAUCCCCAGCCCAUGGAUGGCGCUAAGCCCACUCUCUUGCAGUGGGAGGUACAAUAGAGCGGCGGUGUGUAUGCCAUGCAUGCCCGUGGUGUCUUUGAUUGUCUCACAGUUGAUGUGGUAUUACCCUGGGUUUUUUUAAUAAUCCUUGCUUCCGCGGAUUGUUCGUGUGUCUCUGUUGUAAAUAAGGCUCAUGCAUUACGCUUUGUUGACGCUGUACAAUCAGCCUAGCACCCACUGCAAUGUGUGAUGUGAACAAUCGUGAGUUCAGGAAACUCCCAGAACAAUAUUGUAUAGUUUUUAGUCUUGUUCAGUACAUCUUGUGAUUUUCCCGAGCAUUUUGUCUGCGUUUUUUAAAUGUCUUUUUAUAUUGUAAAGUUCUUGAGGAUCUUUUCAACGGAUGAUCGUGUUUUUAUUUUUUUCUUGAAAGUAUUUUCUAAUUGUUUCUGUCCUUUCUUUUUUUUAUUAAACAAGAUGCACAGGUCUUUUUCGUCCUUUCUUGAAACUUUAAUAACAACUUCUUGGCAGGUCCAGGCAAAUGGAAUUUAUUACCGUGGCAUAACUAAAUGUACUUGAAGUACUUCCAAAAAAGCACAUUAUCUCCUUCAUCUUUUCAAAGUUUUUUUAGGGCUGUGCAUGACCAUAUUUUUAUGCACUAUUGUUUGUCAUGCACCAUUGCCUUUUUAGUUUUUACCCAAUUUUGCUCACCUUCUGACUGAUGUCAAACCUGCAGACUGAGUACAGUACAUGUCCCAUCA